GCUUGGAUCACGCGCAUUCCACAGCGUUGGGUGCCGUCGUCGCAGUCGAAUGUACUCUCUGGAUGUAAAACGUUUGCAGGAGAAGAAACAGCGCGAUGCGGCAAUGAUGAACAAGAAGCUGACAGACGAUUCGCCCCGAACAAAAGAGAGUCGCAUCCAGCGGGUCUAUGGCAAAUCCACGGAUGGCAUGUACGAGGAGUACAAUCACCGCGUGAGCAGCUGGGCUACAUCUACAUUGGAGACGCCCCCGGAGUGGAAAGCUAGCUACGGUCACUUGACCACCGCCGUGACGAACCCAAUGUACUGCAACCACGAUGUGGGACAACGUCGACAACUGUUCCCAUAGGGUGUGGCCCCGCGAGCCCCACAAGGAGCUGGGGGCGUCGUUUAUGGACGGAGGAAAGUACUCCCCCCAUGGCAAAUAUCGAGGGGGGGGAGACUGCCUGCAGUCCCCUUUGCCACCGGAGCCUCGCAAACCCGUCUUUGACCACGGCACAUAUCAUGACCCGAUUGAUUCGCCGUUUCGACGACGAGCCAAGGGCAAGGAGAUCCAAGGCCCGUUGCGUUACAAUACAGUCGUGCGAGAGUACCCCGAUGUGCCCCACGACUUUGACAGCACCUGGACGGAGCCAAAGCCUCUUCCGCAGUGGAGAUUUCCCGACCCGUCCAAGUGGUGUGGCGGUGAGUUUGGUGUAACAUUCAACUCGCGAGACACCGCGACGGCGCUGUUUGACGGGAUCGGUACGCAAAAGCAUGCCCCGUCAAUUGCCGCGACUGAACGAUACGUCCUUCCUCGCAAGGCGGCCACCCCACCGUCGCCUCUGAAAAAGGGAUCCAGCCACAGCCCCAUUCCGCGUGCCAAGUCGGCCCCCGUCUCGCAUGACAAGCUCUACAUGAACUCGAUACUGUCUGUCAACACUGAAGCUAGCCACAUCGUCCUGCGCCAGUUAUCCCCUCAUAAGAAAACAGCCCACUCAGACAGAUAAUCCCGUGAAGCGAAUCCUUCUAACGGGAACGUGACAGACACUCGUGUGGCUCAUGACACUUGGAUCGAUUAUGAGCAAAAGGUAAGCAGCUCAAUCUCGUAGUACAGCGUCGCAUGCGGCGGGAUAAUCGGUGGAUAUCCAUGUUCACCAUAGCCGAAUGACGGGGGCAAUUCAAGUCUUGCAAUUUGGCCCUUGCUCAUCUGGUGCACAUCCCAAAGUAGAAGUUUUCAUGACUGCGAGAGCUGCACACUACCAUAUCAUACCUUUUUAAUCCCUUCGUCCCAGCCACGAAUGACUUGGCCAGCGCCAACCUAAUACAACCCGUUAGUCGAGGGAAUUCGGACUCGCAACUCAUGCCUUGAACUCAAACGUGCGGCCACGUUCGCGACUAGAAUCGAAUAGUGUGCCAUCGUCCAGCUUGAUGGCAACGGCAUGACGAGUCCGACAAGAUGAUGGGUGCCGCAACUCACCUUGCCG